AUGUUAGAAUAUAAUGGAAGUAUCAGUUUUUAUUUUGGAAAGAAAACUGACAUCAGUACAUGGCAGGUCGAGAGUUCGGAUACGAUCGACAACGUCAAGGCCAAGAUCCAGGAUAAGGAGGGUAUUCCUCCGGAUCAGCAGAGGCUUAUCUUCGCCGGCAAGCAAUUGGAAGAUGGCCGAACCCUGGCAGAUUACAAUAUCCAGAAGGAAUCGACUCUUCAUCUUGUCCUCCGUCUCCGAGGAGGUAUGCAGAUCUUCGUCAAAACCCUAACCGGGAAGACGAUUACUCUGGAAGUCGAGAGCUCGGACACUAUUGACAACGUCAAGGCCAAGAUCCAAGAUAAGGAGGGAAUUCCCCCGGACCAGCAAAGGCUGAUCUUUGCCGGAAAGCAGUUGGAGGAUGGCCUAGCCGAUUAUAAUAUUCAGAAAGAGUCGACUCUCUACUUGGUUCUGCGAUUGAGAGGAGGUAUGCAGAUUUUUGUCAAAACCCUAACAGGAAAGACAAUUACUCUCGAGGUCGAGAGCUCUGAUACCAUAUUAACAGUAGUGUAG